AUGGCUGAGUGGUGCCCGCCCCUACUCCUUCAACCGAAGCAAUCUCCGACGACAGGAAAUUCCGACCGGCUAGUCCCGGGAACACGUCGCCCGAACUACCCCGCCCUUCCAGAUCACACUGAACCGUUGCCGGGGACUACGCACCCAAACCCACCAGCCGAGAACACGGCAAAUGACACGCACGGGAAAGCGAUUGCACAACUCCGAAAGGACUCCACCUGGAUGCAAACCUUACUGCUUCACAAGGGAGAGUCCCGAGAGUCAAGUUGCAUGGGGCACCCUGUCCCCUGUGAAACCGCAGAGCACAUGGCCUCUUUCCUAUCCCUUAUGGAGUAUCGGUUCGAGAAAAUGGAGUUGCCCGUGGGCAGUUGGGGCAACGAAUUAGGCGAGUACCUUGCAUGGAAUGCCCGUGAUUACGGGGAUCUCCUCCGAGACAUCGGCACGAAUAUGUCAGACGGGCUACGGCGAAGCGGGAGUUGA